AUGAAACCUUCCGCUGCAAUCGCAUCAAUGAGUCUACUACUGGGCGUGACUGCUGCCGAUUCGUGUGAAAUGGUCGAGUCACCAAUCCAGCAGUCGACCACGGCACCAAGCAGCCCAAACUUUGCUCGCUUCUUCGACCAGAAUCGGUUCAACACCAUGUUCCCGAACGCCGUGGAGCUCUACCACUUCGACGGUCUUGUCACCGCUGCCGACAAGUACUCGGAGUUUGCCAAUACUGGCGACGAGACGAACGACAAGCGCGAGCUCGCGGCUUUCUUGGCUCAGACAGCUCACGGGAGCGACAACUUCAAGGCUGCAGAAGAGUACGCUCGGGACACGUACUCUGUGUGGCAAUACUGUGACAACAGCACCUACCCGUGCGCUGCGGGCCGUCGCUAUCACGGACGAGGCCCGAUGCAGCUCGCGUGGAACUACAACUACUACAGCGCGGGCAAAGACCUCGGUAUCGACCUCUUCAACAACCCGGACAUCGUCGCACAAGACACGGCAGUGACGUGGAUGACUGCACUGUGGUUCUGGAUGACUCCGCAGAAAAAUGGCCAGAUCAUCCACGACUUUGUUGCAGGUGUCAAUGGCUUUGCCCGCUCCACGGACACUAUUAACGGUGGUCUCGAGUGCGGCCCGGACGCCCCUAACCAGGUGAAUGAGCAGCAGCGCAUUGCGUACUUCGUCAAGAUAUGCGAGGCGUUGGACGUGCAGCCGCUGGGCAACACUUCGUGCAAUGCGUAA